UAGUCAGAGAGAGAGAGAGAUAGAAAGAGAAAGAGAAAAAGGGAGAAGGCAGCAAGCAGCAGCAACCCCUGCUGCAAAAAACUCCCCACAACUGACACAUGAAAACAUACACACACAAUUUCGCAGAGGAAAUGGCAGCGAGGCGAGUGCUGUCCAUCCUGUGCCUGCUCUCCAUCCUGUCAGGAAGUGCCCGGUGUGUUUUGUGGGAUCAACAGAACACCGUGCUGAAAGUGUGUGGCAGGGGAUAUUUCUUAAGCGCGCGGGGGGACUGCUUACCGUGCAACUGCAAGGGCCAUGCCGACAGUUGUGAAGAUAUUACUGGAGUCUGCAUUUCUUGUAAAGACCACUCUGCUGGCGAUUUCUGCGAAAGCUGUGAAGAUGGGUUCGCGCCAGAGGUCACGGUUGACGGCCGUCAUUUGUGCCGCCCCUGUGCCUGCCCCUUGCCAACCGCCUCCAACAACUUUGCAGAGUUCUGCGACCGGAGAGGGCGAUUUUUACGGUGUGUGUGUCAACCAGGCUACGCGGGAAACAGCUGUGAAAGAUGUGCACCAGGUUACUACGGAAACCCCAUGAGGCCUGGAGACUCCUGCAAGAAGUGCGACUGCAACGGAAACUCUGACCCCAACCUGAUCUUCAACGAAUGCAGCAACGUCACAGGCCAGUGUUUGAACUGCUGGGGCAACACAGCCGGUGCCAACUGCGAGCGCUGUGCGCCUGGAUUCUACGGGGACGCCGUCAGUGCCAAAAACUGCCGGGAGUGCCAGUGUAACAAGUGUGGCACGGCCUCAUGUGACGACCGCACCGGGGUAUGCCACUGCAGGCCAGGCGUCACGGGCAGACUGUGUGACCAGUGUGAGGAAGGCCAUUCGGGUUUCUCCAGCUGCCUUGGCUGCCGGCGAUGCGAGUGUGCUGCUGCUGCUCUCAAGUCCACCUGCCACCCCCUCACCCACAGCUGUAAGUGCAGGCCGGGAGCCGGGGGCCGGUACUGCGAGCGCUGUCUGCCGGGACACUGGGACUACAGCAACUCAGGCUGCAAACAGUGUGACUGUGCCAGUGGCCACUGUGACAUGCACACGGGGGAGUGUCUGCCUGAACCCUCUCAGGUCAGCGAGUGCAACAUCGAGUGUGACGAGUGUAUCUGGCACCUGAUUGGAGACGUGCGUCAGUCCAACAAGACCCUAGACCAGCUGAAGGUCAGCGUGCUGAACAUCUCCAGUGGGGCUGCGGCCAACGAUCGCAUCAAGUACUACAACUACACCGCCCAUCGUCUGCAGGCACAGUUUGUUGGCUGGAAAAACAAGUCGGCCGCGCUGCGAUCCCAGACCGAAGCCCUGGAGGAGGGCGUAGAACAGCUGCUGCAAGACACACCAACAUUUUCAGACCGAGGGGACACGGUCAAGUUCCUGGGAGAGAAUGUGGAGGAGGAUACGCAACACAGCCUCAACCUGGCAGACGAACUCACACUCAACCUCACUACUCUCAACGUUGUCAUAGAAGAGAUGAUCAGUGACUGGGAGAAGUAUAGGGAGCAGCAGGAGGUUGACCCAGAGACGGUGCGGCGCAACACAGCCCACGCAGAGGGCAUGCUGGCCAGGAUGAGAGGCAUAGACCUCACCCCCAACGAGCCCAUAAGCACCAAGGAAAAGUCAGACGCCAGUGAAUUGCUGCGUAGCGUCCGGCAGCUGGAGAAGCGGCUGGUGUCCACGGAGGGCCGGAUCAGCCCCGUGAGGGAGGCCGUGUCUGCCGUCAGCUCCAAGCUAUCCCAGGCCGAGGAGCUGCUGGCUCAGGCCCAGACCACCAACGCCCAGACCGACCGCAUGCACCGGGACAACCUCCUCAAGCUGCAGAGGAGCAGGGCCCAGCAGCAGAGGCUGAUGGAGAACUAUGACGGAGUGAAUGAGACCCUCAUCAUGGCUGCAGACGUCAUCAGUGGCGCCCAACAGGGUGUCAACGACCUGGAGACCAUGGUGAAGAACUUGAGUCAGUACCACGCUAAAAUCGACGGAGCCAGCAAACAGCUGACAGACAAAACCGAGAGUCUCACUCUGGUGAACAUUGAAGUGGUUGAGAAGGCCUCUAAUCACGCUGAGGAUCUGGAGAAGCAAGCUGCACAACUCGAGCGUGAUCUCAAAGGAAGUGAUGCCAAUGGAUUUGUCCAGAAAGCUAUUGAUGCAUCCAAUGUGUAUGACAACAUCAUCAAGUACAUUGAAGAUGCAAAUAUAACAGGACUGACAACCCUAGACCUUGCCACACGUGCUGAAGAUGCAAUAGAUGGAGUCAAAACACAGCUUGACUUUCUGAAGACACAGAGUGACCUCUAUUUCAAGCAAUCUGUCUCCCUGCGCUCUGAAGAAUACGAGGUGAAAAGUCUGGUGCGCGAUACGCUCACUUACAUUGACGAGACAAACGAGACCUUGACUGAAUCAAACAAGAAGCUUGCUGUCAUAAUGAAUGACCUCAGUGCUUUACAGAAGGAUCGCACAAGCACGCGGCUGGAGUUCUCCCAGGAGGUGUCCGAGAGCACUCGCAACCGCUCGGCCGAGGUCCUGCAGACCAUCACUCCCAUCAGCCAGCAGGUGCAGGAGUGGUCCAACAACCUCAACAACAACGAGUACUCUGCCGCGGCCUUCGAUCAAGCCGUGGCCUCCGCAGGAGAAGCUGUGGACAACCUGUCUAACAUUGUCCCUGAGCUUCUGGACAAACUUCGAGUGGUGGAGGAGAAGAAACCAGUCAACAACGUCUCAACCAACAUCAUGAAGAUCAGAGAACUCAUUGCUCAGGCCAGAAGUGUGGCCAAGAAGGUCCAGAUCUCCAUGAAGUUCAAUGGCAAGUCUGCAGUGGAGGUGCAGCCUCACCCCAACGUGGAGGACUUGAAGACUGUCACGUCCAUCAGCCUGUUCAUGAGAGUGGACCCGGACAACGACCCCAUCGAGGACCGCAUCAUCCUGUACCUCGGAGACAAAAAUGGGCAGAAGGACUACAUGGGCCUUGCCAUCAAGAACGACAACCUUGUGUAUGUCUACAACCUGGGGGGAGAGGAUGUGGAAAUUCCCCUGAGCUCCAAGCCUGUCAGCUCCUGGCCUCCUGUCUUCAACCUUAUCAGGCUGGAGAGACUGGGUCGGCAUGGUAAGAUCUUCCUGACCGUGCCCAGCCAGAGCACCACGGCCGAGCAGAAGUUCAUCCAGAAGGGAGAGGCCCUGGGACCAGACUCCCUGUUCGACCUGGAUCCCGAAGACACCGUGUUCUUUGUGGGAGGUGUGCCCACUAGCGUUAAGCUUCCUCCUCCACUAAGCCUGGCACAAUUUGUGGGAUGUCUGGAGCUGGCAUCGAUGAACAACGACGUCAUAAGCCUGUACCAUUUCAAAGAACUACACAAAAUGGAUGUACGUGCUUCACCGCCUUGUGCCAGGAACAAGCUGGCCUUCUCUCAGAGUCGAGUGGCGAGCUAUCUCUUUGAUGGCACCGGAUAUGCUCUUGUCAACAACAUUGAGAGAAGGGGUCGAAUCAGCGUUGUCACCAGGUUUGAUGUUGAAGUUCGAACUGUUGCCAAUGACGGUAUACUUCUUCUGAUGGUCAAUGGGUCAAAUUACUUCGUGCUGGGACUGAAAGACGGCUAUCUGCAGCUUAAAUACAAUUUCAACUUUGCCGGAGGUCCGGUUGUCAUGGACAGCAAGUUACCGAAACUGCAGAUCAACGAUGCCCGUAAUCAUGAGGUGUCUGUAAUCUACCACCACUCUAAGAAGAUCAUCCUGCUGGUGGAUAGGACUCAUGUGAAGUCCAUGGAGAACGAGAAGAAAGCCUUACCCUUCUCAGAUAUCUACAUCGGGGGAGCGUCCUCCAGCAUUCUCAAUUCCAGGCCAGAGCUGUCAUCCCUAGUAGGCCUUAGAGGCUGUGUCAGAGGAUUCCAGUUCCAGAAGAAAGAUUUCAACCUCCUGGAGGAGCCUGGGACCAUUGGCAUCAGCAGCGGAUGUCCAGAGGAGUCCUUUAUGUCCCGUAAAGCAUACUUCAGUGGGGACGGCUUCCUGGGAUCCACAGCCAAGAUUACGCCUUUCGAGGCGUUUGAGGGAGGGUUCAAUUUCAGAACAGAGCAAUCAGCUGGUCUUCUGUUCUACCACAAUGACGGGGCUGAUGAGUUCUCCAUCUCUCUGGAUAAUGGCGGCAUUGUGAUGAACUGCAAGGGGACCAAAGUCAAGUCACACAAGAAGAACUACAAUGACGGAAGGCGACAUUUCCUUGUGGCCUCUGUGACCAAUAAAAAGUAUGAGCUUGUUGUCGAUGACAAAGACAAGCAAGAGAAGAAGCAUUCGCCAAGCACGGCACUUUCCGCCACCACACCAAAGGUCUUCUACUUUGGAGGCUCUCCCACAAGCAAAAUAGCCAACUUCUCUGGGUGCAUCAGCUAUGCAUACAUGAGCAGGCAAGACAGAGACAUUGAGGCCGAAGACUUCCUCAAGUACUCUGAGAAGGUGCAGACGUCCCUGCAGGACUGCCCCAUGGAGCAGGAGCCCGCCGCCCUGCAGGACAAGCCCAGCAAGAACUCCUCCAAGCCCAAACAGGGAGCCUCUCGCAAGGUUAGCAGAGAUAAGUCCAGCCUCCCACAGGGGCCCCUGGGGCUGAAGAGCGGACCCCUGGAGCCUCCCGAGCUGGACGCCACACCCUGUGUGCUAUCCCAGAAGCCCCGGGCCACGCGCAACGCCUACCACUACGGUGGCACAGCUAACAGCCGCCAGGAGUUCAACAUCUCUGAGUCUAUUAGUGAGAGGUCGCACUUCUCUCUAUCUCUAAAGACAGAGUCCAGCUUUGGUCUAAUCUUCUACGUGUCGGAUGAGACAGAGGACAACUUCAUGGCCCUCUACAUGACACAGGGGAAGCUGAUGUACACCUUUAACGUCGGCCAGGAGAAAAUCAGGAUGAAAACGCAGGAGAAGUACAACAAUGGAGCUUGGCACAAUGUCAUUUUCGUGCGAGAUGGGAACAUGGGAAGACUGGUGGUAGACGGCCUGACUGUUCUUGAUGACAGAGUCACGGGCGCCAAUGCCACAUGGAAUGUCAGUAGCACUGUUAACGUGGGGGGAGUCCCACCCACAAAAGCCCACAAGAAUAUACAGAGGAACUCGGUGUACAGCUUCACGGGCUGCGUGAGGAGUCUUCAGCUGAAUGGCCGCAGGUUGUCCUCGGCUCCCAAGAGCUUUGGGGUGGUACCAUGCUUCGAGGGGCCCACAGAGCCCGGGGCUUACUUCUCAGACGAGGGCGGAUAUGUGGUCCUGGAUGACUCCUUCAGUCUGGGCCUGAAGUUUGAAGUGGUGGUCGAAGUGCGCCCUCGUGUGGCCACAGGCGUGCUACUGCAUACCUACACAACAGAGAAGGAAUACCUCACCGUGUACAUCCACAAUAACCAGGUGGUGGUAUUGGUGAACAACGGCAUCCGUGAAUUCUCCACGUUUGUGAAUCCCAGACUGGGAAUGUGUGACGGCAACUGGCACCGCAUCACAGUCAUUCGAGAUGCCAAUGUGGUGCAGCUGGAUGUGGACUCGGAGGUGAACCAUGUGGUGGGCCCUCUCAGCCCUGAUGCCCAGACCACCAGGACCCCUGUGUUUAUCGGAGGGGCUCCAGUUUCUCUGCUCCCGAAACCUCUUGCCACCAGAAGAUCAUACACAGGCUGCGUCAGGAAUUUAGUAGUGAAUGAGACCCCCGUCAGCUUCCGCAAAGCAGCCCUAGUCACAGGAGCUGUUGGAGUUGACGCCUGCCCUGCUGCAUAGCAACAGCGCCAUGACGCACGGCACGGAGACCAUGGCAAAACCAUGGCAACAGGACCGAUCAUAAUGUCCUUACUUUGAUUAUCCUGUUUCAUGUUUUGUAUUAAAUGGCCUUGUCAGUCUCGUGUCCUAA